UAAAACGGAGUGAUUAUAUAUUCUUUGUCACAGUCUGUCAGUUCCAAUUUAUUGUAGUUACAGAAAAUUUCAUUCCUUUUAUUUCAAUUUUACUAAAAAUCGGAAAGUCGCCCAACCGUAUAUAUCAUUUCUAGGGUGUAAUAUCUCCUAAUGGGAUACAGUUGUUAGUAAAACCAGUUUUAAAAUCAUUGAAAUGAGUGACAACGAAAAGGAAGAGGCCGCUAAUUUGAAGGAAGAAUUCGAAUGGGUCCUUCGUGAAGAGGUUCACGCUGUGUUACAUCAGCUCCAUUCGGUUUUAGUCGAAUGCGCUCACAGAUUUCCUGUGCCUUUGUAUGGCAAUGAAGGUCAGAAGCAAGACAAAUUCAUUUUGACAUCACAGCCUGAACAAUUAAAAUGUAUUGUUACACUCACUGGAGAUAGCAUUACUCAUGCAGACAUAAGUUUUAAAGUUCUCCGACAAAUGCAUACAAUAUGUCGUACAUCCAUUAAUCAGGAUGGACCAUGGAAGUUACAACAAAUUCAGGAUGCUGCUAAUCAUUUACAACAAGCUUUAGGUUAUAUUGAUAAUGUUGAUAAACAUUAUGUAUUCAGAUCAUCAGAGGAAGUGCUACAUAUAAUACAGUGUUUACUUGGAUCACUACAAAGAGCCCGUACUGCCUUACUACUGCCUAAGAAAAAAGCAAUUGAUGAGCUUAUGAAAAGUAGAAAUAUGAAAGCACUAUCACCAAAUCUUCCUGAAGACUUGGCUAUAUCAUUCUACAUACAGUCUCAUAAGUUGAUAUUUGUUGCAUACCAAUUAAGUUCAGUGCAUGGAACCAUGAGGAUUGAUUCAUGUCAGGCAGACUGUGCCGUGCCCUGGUUGAGUGAUGUGCUGUUGAUGUUAACUGCUUCUCUUCAUAUGUGCCAGCAGCUUAAAGAUAAGCUUUGUGUAUUCUCCCAGUAUAAGGAUUUUACAGUCGGUUCGAGGUCUGCUUCAAUGGUGUUAAACUGAAUGUCCCCAUGUUAUCUGAUUCUCAAAUGUUACUAAGCUUAUGUAACUAGCUAUAUUAUACAAUAACUGUACUGUACAUGUAUUUAUUUAGUAAUAAUUACCAAGUCCAUUGUUGAUAUUCUUGUUGAGUAUGUUGUAACAUAAUGUAUAGUUGAUUAGUCAUAAAUUAACUUUAAUUUAUUGUAUAGUGAGUAAUAAACUGAGGACAGUGUAUUGCUGAGAUUGUAAUGAAGUAUAUAACUUAUAGGUCACCGUCGGUCUUAGCACUCCACGACCGACAAUCAUGAAAAACACACACACUUAACACUAGUAUAAAUAAGAGAAGUUAUUAUUUUUUUUAUUUGCUCAUUGUAAAAUAUUUACAUAUAAUUCAAAUUUACAAAAUGCAAUAUUUUAUUUGAAUGUAUUGAAUGGUAUUAAAUGUUACAUAGUAAUAUUUUUCAAAAAUAUUAUUAUUAUUUUGCCAAUAACUGAUAUAUUUAAAAUUUUUCGGAUUCAUUAAAAUAUCGAAGUAUAUAUAUUUAUACUAUUUAUUAUUUAGAAUUACAGUAUUUUGUGAUAAUCUAGUUAUUUAUCAGAGGUCAUUCGCCAAGAAAAUAGACGUAUUUGGAGAUAAAAUUUUGUUGAUUAAUAUGUUUAUAGAUAUCGACAAUUUGAAAACAAUGUUUCUGUCACGCUACUUACGCAUUAAAAAUUUUACGUAUAAAAGUAUUUUUCGCGCUAGUUGUAUUGUCUAUGCUUACGUUCAAGUUGUUUGCUGCAAACUAACAUAAUCUAUAUAUGAAGAACAUUUUUUUUAUAAACAUACCCCCUUUUUAAUAAAAACUAAAACCUACAAAUCUAUUUUAACUGUUACACUGUUUUGUUACUUUCUUUCAAAUUGGGAAUUUAGGAGCACAAAAGAAAGUGACACAACAGUUCAAUAGCUAAAACAGGUUUAUGACAGGUUUGAUGUUUUUAAGAAUAAGGGAUUAAUAUUUUUUUGGCGCGUACUAUUUAAGGCAUACUUAUAGAUUGGAUUAUGAUACAACUUAUAACGCAAUUUUUACCACCGUCUUUUAAAAAAUAUAUUUUCUAUUGUACUUUGAUAUUGUAUGGUCGCUCAUUUAUUUAUAUUUAUUACUUAAAAUUUUAUUUUAUGUCGUAAUAUUAUAAUAUAAAAAUAGAAUAUAAAGCACAAUAUUUAUACUUAUAAAUAAUUAUUUUAUACUAGUUUUUCGAUCACAAUAUGUACUUUCUAUUGAUGCAAUGUUUAAGUAAGUCAAGGGCUUAGCCAAUGUAUUUUUCUUUAAGUAGACCAAUUAUUCAUAGUAUUAUUAUUAUCAUUUAUAAAGUAUCGUACUUGAAACCGUACCUAAAUGUAUAAGAGAUAUUGAUAACAAUGGUAUAAUUAAUCGGGCCUCAUGUUUGUUAAUAUUUUAUUUCUAUUGGACUGAGAAAGGAGGCUAUUGUUGUAGUUGAGUAUGAAGAACAAUAGAAAUAAAUUAUAUUUAUUGGCCGCUGAUUAAAAUAUACUGAGUAACUUUACGUUAAUUAUUUCGGCGUGUUUCCUUUGCGCAUUUAUUUUUUACGAGAAAAGUAAGUGUGUCAUUAUGACAUUCUUCUAUAGAUCUUGAAGGUUCGUGUAACGGGCCUCUAUUUUCUGUGCGCACAGGAACCGUGUCAUUAAUUGCAAAAAAUAGAUAGAUCUGAGCGAAUUAUUAAAUGGUUCUCAUGUAAUUUUGAAGCAAUAAUCGCUUCUUUAUACUAUUUAUUAGAUAAACAAUUAUACCCUAUUGUAUAACGAUUUAGAUAUUUUAUAGUAAGGUGAAAUGAGAUCCCAUGUCCUCUUGAAUACGUUAUAUAGUUGUCAAUUAUAUUCUCUGGGUCAUACGCUCCUCUUACUGCCGUACCCUCCUUCAGUUCCGCCUUCCUCUAUUUUCCUGGGUAUUCUAUUAUUAAGAUGCCGUUUUUU